AUGGGUAAUCUUUCUUUUCUUCCUUUAGAAAAUGAGGAAGAUUUAAAUAAUUUAUUUUUAGAAUUUAAUUGGCUUGAAGAAAGGGGAGAGCUAAUCAAAGAAAGUAGAAUAUCAUUUGAUUUCAAAGUAAUCGAUGAAAAACGCAAAUAUUACAAUAUUUAUAGAUUUUUUGGAGGGUUAAACAAAUAUUUAAAGAACGAACGCAAUAAGGAAAUUGAUAAUAUAGCAGAAAGCUUAGAACCUGUUUUGAUUUCAGAACAUGACAGUUUUUUCAAUGAAAUUAUAUCACAAAAUAGCUUGAAAUACUUCCCUAGCUUAAACGGAAUCUUUUUAGAAGGAAUCGAAGAGUCUAUUGUCAACAAAAUAGUGUCAGUAAUCAAAAUGCAAAAUAAUAUCAAAAAAGACGUUUACCCAAAUAUAAUUUUUUAUGAGCAGAUUAGUACAUCUAGAAAUUAUUUUUAUACCAAAAGAGUAAUGUGGGAAUCAACAAUUAAAAAUAAAUUGUAUGAACUUUCCAAAAUUAAUUUACUCAAUGCUAUUUUGAAGCACUGGCUUGAGUUUCAAUCCUUAAUAACUGUUACGCAGUUACAUUCUUUAGGCCUAUUCCAUGGUGACAUUAAAACAGAAAAUAUGUUGGUUAAUCAAUUAUAUACUGUGAAAAUAACUGAUAUUGCACCUUGGAAACCAAUUUUUAUUGAUAGUUCAGACUUGAGAUUUUGGACUGUUUUUUUUGAAAAUCAAAAUUGCAAUGCUAGAAGUAAUGUUUUGAGAUGUAAUUUGUCACCUGAAAGAUUUUUGUCCGAAAAUGAUAUAAAAAAUUUAGUAUCUUUUGAAUCUGAAUACGAAUUAAAAAAUAAAUUAUUGAGCAUGGAUAUCUUUUCGUUAGGGUGCGUAUUAAAUGAAAUAGAAAAUGAUGAAAUAACAUUUACAAUAAAUGACAUAUUGAAAAUGUUGAAACACGAGAACUAUUACUCAAAAUUAAACGAUAAAGUUAAUAUAGAUUGGAUUAAAGAAACUUUUCUAAAUUAUAAUUGGAAAAAAAGACCAGAAGCAUUUGUAACUUUAUUAAAAUUAUUAAAUAUGAAUAGAAUAUAUGAAAUAAAUUCAUUGAAUAUAUACUUAUUUGAUCAUUCAAAAAAAUCUAAUUUUCACUUUUGUAGGUCAUUUCCAUUAUUUUUUUAUCCACUCUCAGUAAUUAUGCAGAACAGAAUAUUUAAUGAUAUGCGAAUUCAGAUAGUUAUUUUGAAUAUAAUCUUACCUAUAUUUUUGGAACUACUUAUUAUAAAAGAUAUUAAUUUAGUUAAAAUUUCAAAGGAUAAUUUAGAGAAUUGUGAUGAAAUUGAACAAAUAUUCUCAAAUAUUGAAAUUGAAUAUACCGAUGGUUGGAGUUUAAAUAAAUUAAAAAACACCUUUCAAAAUAAGUUUGAUUAUGAACUAAUGAAAGACUUAAUUCUGAGUGUUUUGAUCUCCGAUAUAGAGUACCAAAUAUUUGACGAAAGGGUUAAUUUGGAAAACAUUAGUUCUAAUUACUCGAAUAUUAAGGGGUUUUUUUCAAUUUUUCAACUCUUACUUAAUUAUUGGGAUAAUAAAAACGAAAAAUUUACUUCAAGCCCAAAUAUCAUCCAUUAUAUCAAUUAUGUUACUUUUAACAAUAAUAAUAUUCAAUUAAAUAGUGAUAACUCAAUUAUUGAAGAAAAUAGAAAAUCUUUCUUUAAACUAUUGAAAAAAAACAGUUUAUAUAUUGAAGAUUAUAAUAGCUCAUGUAUUUUAUAUUUACAUCUAAUGAAUAUCAGUUUACGUGAACUAACUCUUUUUUAUAUCAGCGAAUUUAAUAACCAUAAUGAUCUGAAUAUGGUUGAAAUUUAUAAUAGCAUUUACUUACUAUCAAUAAAUACAAUGAAUUUAUUGCUAGAGAUUUUAUCUGAAGAAUUUAAGAAGGAAAUCGCUGUAAAGGAAAUACUCCCAACAAUUAUACAGUAUUUAAUAUUUAACGAAUAUUCAAACAAAAAUAAUUCCAAACUUACUCAAUUUAAAUUUAAUUUUAACGGCAAUAAUUUCUUCAAUUAUGAAUUAAAUGAUUUGGUUCAAUGCCACCAAGACUAUCACAAAGAACCUAUAGUCAUUCUUGAAAUAUUUAAUUUUAUUAAUUGUAACAUUAUGAAAUAUGUAAGAAUUGAAAAUGAAACGCUAGUCAAUGAUGAAAUUAAUGGAAUAAUAAAUGAUUUAAUAAUAUUAAAUAUUGAGAAAUGGAUAUACUUAUAUGUAAUAUUAAAUAAUAUUUUGGUUGUCAAUACCCUUCUGGAAAUUGCCCAUAAAGUACUAAUACUCAUCUUGAAAAAUAAACAGAAUAAGUUUAAAUUAAAUGUAUGGAUUACUGAAAUCUUAACAUCCAAUAAUUCUGCUUUAAAAAAAUUGAUUGUGAAAAAGAACACAGAAAAUAAAUCAAUAUUGCUAGAAAUUUUAGAGUAUUUUUUAUUUAUAAAUAAAACAGAAAUUUUCAUUUCUGAAAUUUUGCCUUACUUAAUAGACCAAUUAAAUGAUAAAGAUAUCGAUGUUAAAUGCAAUUUUUGUGAAUUAAUCAUUCACAUUAUGGAGAAAAUGGAAUUGAUAUUCAUACUUCCCUAUGGUAAAUUCUGUAUUGAAAAAUGUUUAAAUGAUAAGGAAUUUAAGGUGAAAUUAAUAGGUUUAAGAUCAGUAAAUAAGAUUCUGAACAGGAUCAUUUCUGCUGAAAACAAAAAAUUAGGUGUGAAUGAAUCUGAAAUCAUUAUUCAUGAAAUGAUUGAAUCUAUAGUAAAUAAUCUCAAAAUUGCACUAUUUAAUAAUUACUAUCCAUUUUAUAUAGAAUUUGGAAAUACAUUAAAAUAUGUUUUUAUAUAUUCAAGAAAAUAUAAUAAUUGGUUGGUUAUUUUUUUAUUAAUAAAUAAAUUCUUUGGUCUCCAAAAAAUAAAUGUUAAUUAUUUGUUUAAUAUAUUUAAACUGAGUGAAAUUUCUGGAAGUGAGUUUUUGGCUUAUUGUUUUAAAAAUAUGUUUAUGGGGAACCAAAUUGAUUAUAUAAGUGAAGAAAAAGAGAUACGAACAACUAACAAUUUAAAAACAAAUCAAAUUCAACCACCCAUUCACACAAAAUUAAUAUUAUAUUCUUUACCAUGCAUAUUGAAUCAACUAAAUUUAUUUAAUGACUUUGAAGAAAUUAUUUUCAUUUCAUCUUUGAUCCAAAAGGAGGAAAAAUUCAGUAUUAGGAAACAAGCUAUUUGCAACAAAUUAAAUUGUUUAACUAAAAAAAAAAUUAUUCAUGAUCAUUUGUGCGAGCCUGAUCUAAAAAAACUUUUACCAUCCAUAAAAGGGAAAUAUUUAGGAUCAAUUUAUAACCAUAGUAAACUUGCCUGCAAAAAUGAUAAUAAUACAAUUAUAGGGAUUGGCUUUAAUAUAUAUCAGAAAAUUCUACAUAUAAAUGAAGACACUUAUUCUUGUUCGAUUAAUAAUUCAAUUAAUGCUGGAGUUUACUUGCAUAAAUUAAAUGUAUAUGAUCAACUCCAUUAUUGGAACUUAAUCACUGAUAAAUCCAAUGAUUAUAUUUUUAAAUUCAACAAUAACAGCUAUGCAACAAGCAUUGCAUCUUUGUCAAAUGAGUUUAGCAUUAUUACAGGGAAUAAUAUUGGAAUUUUAUCUAAAAUUAAUAUUGAUACAAGUAUUGUAACAAUAAAUGAGCACUACUACGAGGAUGAAAAUUUGUUAUUUAAACAAAGUUUAAUUUAUAAGUCCCCAGUGAUAUUAUUAGUUGGAAGAAUAGAGAUUAAUUCUAAAGAAAUGAUUAUUUCCGCGUACAGCAACGGAGACAUAUGUAUUAUUGAAUCAACAAAUUUGAUAACAAAAAUUCGUUUUGCCAUUCCUCCGUUCUUGGGGAAUGUAAUUGAUUAUUCAACUGAUAAUGAUCCAAAUGGCCACUUACUUUGUUUAGUUACUGACGAAAAUGCAAUUGUUAUAGUUAAUUUAUUUUACUUGAAAGCUUCGAAAAUUUGGAAAAUUAGUCAUCGUGAAUUAAAAAUCAUAAAUGUUAGUAAUUCAUAUCUUAAUCAUUCUUCAAAAUUUAUGCUCGCUUUCAACAAGAAUGGUAUUUUUGCGCUUUUAGAUCCGAUAAUUGGUAAAAUUUAUUCUAAUAAAGAUUUAAUAUUUCAAAUAACCGAAGUAAAAGAAAGACUUAUUCAUAUUUAUAACCCACUUUUGCUUUCAUCCAAAAUAAUGCAUCCAGAAAGUUGUGAAAAUAAACAAAAAUGUAAUUGUUUGUAUUGUAAAGCUCAAAGGGUACGAAUUUUUGGAAAUUAUCUGAAUCAAUAUGUGAUAAUGAAUAAUUAUAAUGAUAACUUAAUUAAAAAAGAGCGUUUGAUAAGUAGAAAUGUAAUUGGCCCACUAACUACCACUCAUAGGAACUAUAUAGAUAAAGAUCGAGGCACACAUAAAUACUAUAUUUUUAACGAUGAUUUUGGUAAUGUAUAUCAACAAAAUUUUUCUGUUUCUAACAUAAAUUGUGAUAAUAAUUCGCUGGACUGUAUUAUUGGUAAAUACUCAACAGAAACUAGUUUAAUCAGUAUCAAUGACAAUAAAAAUUAUGGGCAUAGAGAUAUAGUCACAUCUCUCAGCAUAUACCCGUUUAAUGAUAAUGAAAUCGGUUUACUUACAUCUUCUAGAGAUGGCAUUAUUUCUUACUGGAAUUGA